AUGCCCCAGCGGAUUUCCGUCGCAAGGCCGCCAAGGUACGUUUGCUCAUCCAUUCUUCAGCUAAAGCGCCUCGCUGACAUUUUCACGCAGAACCCUCUCCUCGAGAAGCGCCCCCGCAACUAUGGCAUCGGUCAGGACAUUCAGCCCAAGCGCAACCUCUCCCGCAUGGUGAGGUGGCCAGAGUAUGUCCGCCUUCAGCGCCAGAAGAAGAUCCUCAACCUUCGCCUGAAGGUCCCCCCUGCGAUUGCUCAGUUCCAGCACGUCCUGGACCGCAACACCGCUGCCCAGGCCCUCAAGCUCCUCAACAAGUACCGCCCUGAGACCAAGGCCGAGAAGAAGGAGCGUCUCACCAAGGAGGCCACCGCCAUCGCCGAGGGCAAGAAGAAGGAGGAUGUCUCCAAGAAGCCCUACGCCGUCAAGUACGGUCUCAACCACGUUGUUGGCCUGAUUGAGAACAAGAAGGCUUCCCUUGUCCUCAUCCCCAACGAUGUUGACCCCAUUGAGCUGGUCAUCUUCCUUCCCGCCCUCUGCCGCAAGAUGGGUGUCCCCUACGCCAUCGUGAAGGGCAAGGCCCGCCUCGGCACGGUCGUCCACAAGAAGACCGCCGCUGUCGUCGCCCUCACUGAGGUCCGCUCCGAGGACAAGUCCGAGUUCUCCAAGCUCGUCGACGCCAUCAAGACUGGCUACACCGACAAGCACGAGGAGUCCCGCCGUCACUGGGGUGGUGGUAUCAUGGGUGCCAAGGCCAACGCCAAGCAGGAGAAGAAGCGCAAGGCUAUCGAGAGCGCCAUCAAGAUCUAA